AUGCUCGAGCAGUUUCCAGACGAACAAACCGCCAGGAAACACACCAAACGAAGCAACAUCAACAGCAAACACCCCCAGAAGAGAGUCCGGCGGAGGACUUCAUCCAUCUACAACAACAGCUUUACCACCCACGAAACGAGCCCACCUCCAUCCAGCCCAAUCCAAGCAACAACGCCUAGCAACACAAACAGCAACACCAAUAUGGCCGAGAAAGACGGGCAGAAAAAAUCCACAUUGCCGGCACUCCCCUUCCCUUUCUCAUUCUCAAGGUCAACGAUUCCUCAGGAAAGGAGAAUACCCCUUCUACGCGCACGGGACAAGUCGAAAGCUUUCGCUAACAAAGUAGUAACCCUCAUCAAAGUCGGCGCAAACCCUUGUAAUACAUCUCAUCUGGCCUUCGUCUCCCCAGCCUCCCAACAAUUUGCACUCGCACAGGUCGCUUCGGCCUUCAAUCAAGAAUCCGCGAGUAAUACGUCGUUCACGAAAUACAAGGAUGAUCUCAAACUACUAAAUGGUGAAGAUAACCAAACUCGACUCCAAAUCCAACAGGUCCGUGGACGGAACCAACUUUCCGCAUCCACCACCGCACGCACGAAAGACUUUCAAAGCAGCAUACUACAAACAGCCAAUGCGACCCUAGAAACGCCUCGGCCACCGGAACCUGCUUUACCUGCCUUCGAUUAUCUUCAGGCACGGAAAAAAGAGUUGGAUGAAACAUUUGGUCUAGUCAAGAAGCAGAAGGCGCGCAAAUGGCGGAAAGCAUUGGAUGAUGAAAAACAAGCAUAUGUACAAAAAAUUUUACAACAGCCUGGACAGAUAUCUGAUUUGCCAGGCGCUAAUUGCGAAGCCCGUGAUAUCCGGAAACUACGUCCCCGACAAUGGAUCAACGACGAGAUUGUGACGUUCUAUACGGUGUUGAUAAACAACCGCUCGCUCGCAUACGAAAAGCACCCCGAAGAAUUUCCCGACCAGGAGCGAUUCCUGAGAGUACAUUGCUUCAACAGUUUUUUUAUGGGCAAGUAUGAUAAAGAUGGAUACGAUGGUGUGAAACGGUGGUCGAAAAAGACCGAUUUGCUGCAGAAAGACGUGAUUAUCUUCCCAAUCAAUAUCAAGAAUGCCCAUUGGACAUGUGCGGCGAUAAAUCUGCGGUGUAAACGGUUCGAGUACUUUGACAGUAUGAGCAACCCCAAUCAAUCCGUCCUGGCUAAUUUGAGAGAUUAUAUCGUCAAUGAAGCUCUUGCCAAAAAGAAAAUUACACUCGAUGUCUCUGAUUGGCCGGAUUGCUUCUACGAGGACAUACCGCAACAAAACAACUCGUUUGAUUGCGGGAUCUUCGUCUGUCAAUUCAUGGACUGUCUGAGUCGGGACUGGUCAACGACCCAGAAGACCACUCGGCCGCCCAACCAAUCCGCAAUUACCGACCUUCCUCCAAGCAAAGAAAGAGAAACGCUGUUCGAUUUCGGGCAAGAAAAUAUGGAGUACAUCCGCUCUAAAAUGAUCUAUGAGAUCGCUUCCAAAAGAUUCUUGGACGAGGAAUGGGCCUAA